AUAUAUGGGGCGGCGCGGCGAGCAGCGCCGGCAGAGGCGGCCGCGGCGGUAGCUGGGGGGGCUGGUGGGCUUCGACGGUGCGGUUGCCGCUGCCACGGUCGUCGCGCGGCCCUGUGAGAGCCCCCCCACCCCCCUCUCCUGCAGCGUCCCCGGCGGGCGGCCCCGCCGGCGAAGCGGCCGCGGCGCCCGCCGCGUUGCGGGGGGCGGGCGGUGCGUGCGCCGCUGCCCGAGGUCGCGGGCGGCGGAGGGGGCGGUCUGCUGCCUGCCUGCCUCCUUCGCUCGCUCCCUCCCUCCCUGCGGCACCAUGAAAGCCGUGAGUCCCGUCCGGCACCCGAGCCGCAAGGCGCAGCCCGGCGGGGCGGGCGGCGGCGGGGGGCACCCGGCGCUGCGGUGCCUGGCCGAACACAGCGGCUGCAAGGGGGGCCCGCCGUCGGGCGAGGAGCCGGCGGCGCUGUGCCUGCAGUGCGAUAUGAAUGACUGUUACAGCCGGCUGAGGAAGCUGGUGCCCACCAUCCCGCCCAACAAGCGGGUCAGCAAAGUGGAGAUCCUGCAGCAUGUCAUCGACUACAUCCUCGACCUGCAGCUGGCUCUGGAGACGCACCCGGCGCUGCUCCGGCAGCAGCCGCCGCCGCCGCCCGCGCUGCACCCGGGCACCUGCCCCGCCGGCACCGCCAGGACCCCGCUGACAGCCCUCAACACCGACCCGGUAAGAGGCUGGCUCCGUUAACAAGCCGGGGGACAGCAUCCUCUGCCGCUGAGCGCCGCUCCCCAGGUGCGCGGCCGCGCCGCGCCGCCGCUGAGGGGCACCGCGGGGGGCGGCCGCCCGCCGCCCCCGGACCUGCCCCCGUGCCGCACCCGAGGGAGCCCGCCCGUCACCGUUUUGCACGUCCGUAGCGUUAUUUUAUUAUUAUUAUUUUUUUUUUUAAAAAAAACCGUCUCUUCUCUCCGUUUCCUAUCCGCUGUGACUUGUGUGUGCCGUUGUCGGUGGGAGGAGGUGGUCAGACGUGCGCGGAGGAGUUGCCGCUUUUGCUGCGGGAUAGAAGAUACGGCGUAACCCAGACUUUAGACGUGUUAACUGUAAGGGACCGAGCAGCUGCGUUUUGAAGCUUUACUAAUCUACCAGAGCAUUGUAGAUAUAUUCCACAUCUAUUGUUUAAAAUAGAUGGUUUUAUUGGGGCCCAGGGAACUUUCUUCUCCCUGCAGGAAUGUUACAUAUUGUAUAGAUAAAUGAGUGACAUUUCAUACUGUGUAUAUAUAGAGAUGUUCUAUAAGUGUGAGAAAAGUAUAUGCUUUAAUAGACUACUGUAAUUAUAAAAUAUUUUUAAUUAAAUAUUUUUUGUAAAUAUUAUAAAGGUGUGUGGUUUUUUUUAAUCUGUGGGGAUAUCUCUUUAGAAAACUACUUGCAGCUCAAGUAUGGAGCUGCUAAUAUGAAAAUAUCUUGAAUGUUGAGGGAUUUUUUUUCUGAUUUCUUUUUUUUGUCCCCAAAUGUCCUUUAGACUCGGAAGUUACAGCUAUAACUAGUGGUCCUGCAUGAUUGCAUGAGAUGUCUAAUUGCAAAUAAACUUGUUCUGAGUCCAUACAAAUGUGUUUUCUUCAAUCUAGAUUUAAAAUGUUUGUAAAUGUAUUAUACAUUUUGAGACUACACUUUUGUCAUUUAGGCACAGGGGUUUUUAGUGCAUUCUAUAAGAGUAGCAUUAAGAUGUGGUUUUUUAACUGAAAAUAGAAAAACAGAUUCUAUCUACUUUUUGCAUAACGGGGCAAUGCUUUAGAUCUUUAAUCAGCUUUUUUAAAAUCUGCUGUUGCAUCAAAUCAAGGAAUUUGUUGUGAACUUCACUUAGCACCAAAAGGUUUUAUUGCAAACUUGCAUUCCUAUAGCCUAUUAAUUGCUUAAAAAAUGAAAACAGUUCUCUGCUUGCAACCAAAGGGCAAACCAUUAACGAAAACAGUUAGUCUCCUUCGUCCAAAGAGUAUUAAUAUGGGACUGUGGAAAAGCACAUGGGCAAAGUCAUUACGAUCAGUGAUGUAAAUCCAUCUUAAAAUGAACUUAAGUAGACCAAAAAUCAGAUAACUGCGUCAAGAUUAUUUUUCUAGUGCAAAAUGACUUUCAUUUCACUGCAGCUAUGUUAGUUAAAAUCCUGUUUAAUCUCUGUGAUGUGUAACUACUACAUGUGAACAUUAAACUAGAUUUACCUGUCUUUAA